CAUUACCGUCUAGUCGGAUUCGGUGUGGAGCGAGCAGCGCUCCGGGAUUCGUUUUAGCCUUUCUCUAACCUCCUACGCUAUACCAUUGGUGUACGCCCUGAUAGCGGAAAAGCUUUUGAUUCUUCUCAAGUGUGUGUACGCCCUGAAAGAGAUGUUUUUGGUUUUGAUCAACUGACUCUGUAAGACCAGAUAUUAUAACAUUAAAAAAAAUUUAACGAUUUUUUUAAUUCGUUUAAAAAAUCGUUCGAUUCGUUAAUACUGCUCUUACGUACAGUAGCUGUGAGUAGGUGUAUGCGACCUUAUUCGUGUAUGAUCUACCACUACAUUCCACUGGCUCACGAUGCAAGGGAAAGUAAUGAAACAAUUCCAGCGCCUGCUGCGCAACGUCAAGAGCUUCAGCGACGACCAGGUUGAGGUUCUGCUGGACGGUUUGGACUUCGACCAGCCCCUGAAGCACUUCAACAUCAGGAUUCGGCCGAACGGCGGUCCGUAUCGCGGCGGAACGUUCGAGUUCUUUAUUUCGCUACAAGACGAGGGUCCUCCCAGGGUGUUCUGUGAAACACAAAUCUACCAUCCCAACAUCGACCCGGACGAUAACUGCCUGUGCUUCAAUCUGCUGGAUGAUCUCUGGGAGGAUACGUUGACGCUGGAGGAUAUAGUGCAGGGGCUGCUCUUUCUGUUCUAUCACCCGGCAAUUGAUGAUCCGCUCAGCCACCAUUUCAAUGGCAGCGAGAGCUGGGAAGAGUUUGAGGAAAAUGUCCGCGCCAGCCUGCGCGGGGAAUCGAUCAAUGACUACGAUUUUAAAAGAAAUCUCAUCGAAGAGGAAAGCACAGAGAAAGCGAAAAGUACCCAGGAAGCUGUUAAGGUGAUCUCCCUGGAACGGCGCCAUUCUUUUGCCGGGGAGUUGGUCAAUAUCAAUUUCGAUCUCUAUAUGCUGAAUGAGCUGACUCCGCCUAGCUGCACCAAAGCGCCGCAGCCCUCUCUUGUGGAGCAUGAACCACCGUCGUCGUCUCCACUCCGUCAUGUGCUGUCCUGCGGUGACGUAGCCCGCUGCCAGCUACCGGUGAUGCGGGCCAAUUGCUACACAAACCCGCGCCACCGUCGGGACAUGGACGGAUAUUGUACGUCGGACACGGACUCCAGUGACACCGACUGUGAUACUGACUACGACCACAUGACGGAUCACGAACGCGACGACGGCGGAGACGACGAUACUAGCAGCGUUCCCGCCGGAGACGACGAUACUAGCAGCGUUGCCGCCAGAGACGACAAUACUAGAAGCGUUGCCGCCGAGAGUUUGACCUUCCACGAGCGCGUCUGCACAUGCCAUCUCCUGGGCAGUGUGUCGGACAGCAGUGGUACCAGCGUGGACGCCUGCCCGGGAAUGGCCAGUGCCAGCAGCCCUGCUCCAGUCGCUGUCGAUAGGAAUAACAUCAAACGCAUCGGCCGGCAGUUGACGAGCCUUGUAAUGGGAUUGGUACGCUGUUUAUGAUCAUCGUUUAGACUGUCGCUUUUUUACCCUUAGAACAACCAGUUGCUAGUUUGUCGGUGGUUCUUGUCAAAGUUUUGAGCGUAUACAUGUUGAAAGUUUAUAAGUCUGUUGAGAGAGAAAUAGAUGUGAUCCAAAACAUCCACAGUACACGAGUCCAGAAAGGACGAAACAGUUUUGUCCGCAGAUUGAGUAAUAUCUAUUAUACGCCCUGUGCCUUGAAAGCCAAAUAUCUCUUCCUUA